AUGCUACGUCCAUCGUCUUUAAGGUUCGUGGGGCAAAGACUGUUCAACACAGCCCGACCCCUUCAGGCUGCUAAACCAGCACCAAAAGGUAAAACUCAAGGGUUUUCCAAAAAACAAUCUUCUGCGUCCUCUUAUUCUUCUGCCAAGAGAAUCACUCCAGGUUCACUAUAUAAAAACUGGACGAACACUGCACAUACCGCUCAAUUACAACAAACCGCCAUCCCCUUGGCGUUGCCCAUCUUCAACUUCGAAAACAUCUCCAAGACUUUGAAUAAAGUCGUGUCGUACUCCAACAAACACUACAAAUCUCUUCACCACCUGGGGUCAUUCAAAAAAUCCCAAUUCAACGAAUUAUUUCAAAAACCAAUCUCUUUGGUUCGUGAAAAUGCAACAAAUAGUUUUCUGAAAAUGCUGCUUUCUCAUCCGAUUAAAAAAUUCAUAAUCACUGGGGAGCCUGGUGUGGGGAAAACCGUGCUUCUCUCCCAAGUGCAUGCGUAUGCUGUUGAUUCCAGGCAAAUCAUCAUCAAUAUAUCAUACCCUGAUCUGUUCUUAAACGGUAGAAAUGAUUUCUUAUAUGAUGAAGAUUUAAAACUUUACAUUCAGCCAAUGUUUCUCAAGCAACUCAUAAGGAAAAUACUGAAGGCCAACGACCCUUCAAUUUUAAAAUCCAUCGAAAUAUCUCAAGACUAUAAGUUUUCAAACGCUAAUCCAAAGAACGCCUCUAUCAAACCAUUCGUCACCUUGAACAAGAAGAAAAAUACAUUUCUGGAUCUGUUAUCCGUCAUGACACACUCUCAUAAUCGUGGCAAACUAAUGAAAGCUAUUAUCAAUGAACUUGCUAUCCAAUCUGACGUGCCAGUCAUGUUCACGGUAGACAAUUUCUCAAAAUUCUUAACCACUGCAUAUUCUGCGUACAGAGAUGUGCACAAUAAACAAAUAUAUUCCUUGGAUUUACAAAUGGGUAAAUUGAUCAUGGACAUAGUUUCCGGGGAAACGAAAUUUGCUAAUAAUGAAAGUUCCACUAUAUUGGCUACCUCCGGUGUAGAUAGAACAAACAAAACGUUACCUGUGGCGUUGGGUAAAAUCCCAGAGGAUCCUUAUGUUACCAGAUACCAUUAUGAACCCACAUUUGUGAAGUUGUUACAAAAAGGACAUGUAACCGAAUUUGAGGUUCCUAAAUUGAACAAACAGGAAGUCAAUGAAUUGAUCGAAUACUAUAAAAAAUCGAACAUUUUAUUGAACAAGGAUGCUACUGAGGAAAAAUGGGAUAAAUUGAUCGACGAGAAAUACUUCCUAAGCGGAAACGGUAAUCCAAGGGAAUUGCUGAAGACUCUAGUUCUUUCCCAUAGAUGA